UAGAUUUAAAGAAAAUCAUCAUUUGAGUAGUUUUCUUCUCCUUUUAUUCUUUCUUUCUUUUUUUUAAAGGAACCAAACUGUUGAUCUGGGGGACACCCACUUGAAAAAGGCUCAAAGCUCUUCUGGACAAGGCAGCGCCAGCCGGGCCCGGAGGUUCAGCGCCUCCCGCGGACGCUCCACCUGCGCGCAGCCAGCGAGGUUUCCGGGAACCGGGGCGCGGCGCUCGGCGGGCCGAGGCGGUAAUUAGGGAAUCAUGGCAACUGAUGAAGAUAACAAAGAACAAGUUCUUAAGGAGUAUGGGCCAGCUGAAGAAUUUAUGAAAGAUGAACAAAACCAGAAAUUAAUUAGUGAAAUUGAAAAGGAAAAUAUUCAGUUAAAGGAGGAGAUCCAAAAGCUUGAAGCUGAGUUGCAAGCGACAACCGGGAACUCCCAGAUUAACGAGGAUAUUCCCGAAACAAAGAUAAAGUUCACAGCUGUAGAGAAUCCUGAGAGUGACAGCCAGUUUUCAAAUACCUCCUAUUCGUGUCAAGUGAGCUCAAAAGUCCCUUAUGAGCUACAAAAAGGACAAGCACUUAUCACCUUUGAAAAAGAAGAAGUUGCCCAAAAUGUGAUCAGAGUGGGGCACCAUCAUGUGCAGAUACCGGAUGUAAAUGUGAAGGUUAUGGCCAGCCCGGUUCCAUUAAACUUAGGAGUCAGAUUCCAGGUUCACGUAGAAGUGUCCAAAAUGAAGAUCCAUGUUACUGACAUUCCUGAUGAACUGCCUGAAAGUCAGAUGAGAGACAAGCUAGAACUGAGUUUUUGUAAAUCCCGCAACGGAGGCGGAGAAGUGGACUGCGUGGAGUACGACAAGCAGUCCCGGAGCGCCGUCGUCACGUUUGUGGAAAGUGGAGUUGCUGACAAGAUUUUGAAAAUAAAAGACUAUCCUCUUUAUAUAAAUGAAAACUGCCAGAGAGUUACUGUUUCUCCGUACACAGAAACAUACCUGAAAAAGUUUCAGGUAUUUUCAGGAGUAUCUAAGAAGACGGUGCUUCUGACUGGACUGGAAGACCUUCAGAUCAUAGAUGAAGAAACUGUAGAGGAUUUUAUUAACAUUCACUUUCAACGGGAGAAAAAUGGAGGUGGAGAAGUCGAGGUAGUCAAGUGUUCCCUUGGGCAACCUUACAUAGCAUACUUUGAAGAAUAGAGUCAUGGAAUCCUAUGAAAAUUAGAGCUUUUGAACCCAAAUCACUGUUAAUGCUUGACAAAAAUGAAUAUCCUUUUCCUUAAAAAAAAUGAAUAAUUCUUUCGUGUUUGUUUAUUCUUAGAUACAAAAUAUAUUUCUGUUUUUGAAUUCUUUGUUUCCACCUGUGCUGAAUGUUUACAAAUGCAAUAACUAUAUUAAAACUGUUUUGUUCAUAAAUUUUGUGGCUGGGUGCCAUGUCCAUUGAAAUGAACCGUAAGUGAUCCAGUUGUCCGCCUGCCAUGU